AUGCCGCCGGACGUGGGCAGACGAAGGCCUCACAAUCAAUACCAGCAUCAUCAGCCGCACCCGCAUCCACCACAUCCGCAGCAAUACCCUCCUCCGCCUAUGUACAGCAACAAUUACAUGCAAGCGUAUGGAAAUGCUGCCUACUACCCGCAGCCUAUGCCCCCUCAAUACCACAAUGCGCCCAUGCCUCACCAAUACGCUCCUUACCCCCAACCUCCAUUCGUGCGCUCGCCGCCCCCGAUGCAGCACUUCGUUCCCGCGCCGCUCCCUCAACCGCAGCAGCAGCCGCCAUAUCCCAGACCGCAGCAAUCUCCUGCCGUUGUUCCUACACAUCAAGCUCCUCCCCCACAAGCGCCAUCUUCGACGACAUCUUCGCACACAGUUCCUGCUCCUAUGACACCACCGACACCGCAGACGGCCUUGAGCGUGGCGCCGUCAUCACCAGAGCAAGAGUUUUCCUCCAAAACAUCUUUCAGAGCUCCUUUGCCUUGGUUGUCGAGACCUGAUCUAUCUUGGCCCGCGAGAAAGGCGCGAAAGAAGAGGAAGGCUGUGCCGAGGACUGCUGGCUCGAAUACGCCCACCGCUGCUCCAGAGGGAGCCAGAGCCGAGGCGGGAGACGUACCGGAUGAGUUUCAAGAGGGUAACCUACAAGACGAGCCAGUUGCAGAUUUGCCCGCCGAAACAGAGCCCACUGAGGAGACACAUGUUCGGUCGCAAACCCCUUCCACUGGUCAUCCCGAGGAAGAGCUCUCUACGAACCCGACAACACCAUCUUCACAACAGCUCGGAGAAAUCACGCCGGCUCCUUCAAAGCCUGCUCAAAAGUCGGGCGGGCUCGUCAUACCCGCGCUGCCAAAGAUCGUCAAGACCACGCCAGAGAAGAAGCCGGAUGUCCAGGAUGAGCAGAGCCCUGUAGUUGAUUCAGCUCUUGAGGUCAAGACACCAGUGGUUGUUGGAACAGACACGCAGGAGGUUAAGGAGGCUUCUCGAGCACCGGCUCCAAAGGCAUGGGCAACCCCAAAAUCAUGGACCGGUCUUUUCAAUCCAGCUGCUGCAUCUUCCCAGCCCAUAAGCGAGUCCGGACUGGCUACCACAGCCCCAGGCGUUGUAAGGACAAAUGCCGAGUCCCUCGCUGAAGCUUUGAGGUCCUUCAAUGCUGUCACCAACAAUUCCAAGGUGACAUUCUUGAAGCCUCGUGGCUUGGUAAACACUGGUAAUAUGUGCUACAUGAAUUCCGUUUUGCAAGUUCUUAUUUUCUGUACUCCUUUCUUCAGCUUCUUGGACCAGGUCAGCAAGCGAGCUGCCCACAAUUUCAAGAGUGAAACCCCUCUGAUCGACGCUAUGAUUUUGUUCCUCCAGGAGUUCCCGGUUAUCGAUUCUGCCAAAUCGGUCGAGCAGUUAAAAAUGCGACUCAAAGAAGGCGAUCUUGAGCAGUACGGCGACCCAUUCACACCUGAUUUCGUAUACAACGUUAUCAAUCGUCUACCUCGUUUCUCUAGCAUGAGACGCGGCCAUCAACAAGACGCCGAAGAGUUCCUUGGAUUCCUUCUUGAAGGUUUACAUGACGAGUGCGUGCUCGCGAUGCGUAAUGGUUCUUCGAACACCAAUUCAGCAAUCGCAACGCCGAACGGUCCCUCGUCACCUGUCAGUGAGACUGGCAGCACGCAAGGCUCUGUUUCUGCCAAGGAAAAUGGCUGGUUGGAGGUUGGACCAAAGCAAAAAGCUGCUGUUACACGAUCAUCAGGGACUAUUUCUACUGGCUCCCCAGUCACUAAGAUCUUUGGUGGAAAUUUGAGAUCUGAAUUGAGGGUACCAGGUCUCAAAGACUCGGUCACUCUCGAGCCCUACCAACCACUGCAACUUGACAUCGGUGCUCCAAACGUAAACAACAUCGUCGAUGCUCUGAAGGGCCUCACUCGCUCGGAGGUUCUUCACGGUGAUUUCAAAUCCCCUAAGGGUCCCAAUGUCACAGCUACUAAGCAGGUUUUCAUUGAGACCCUACCGCCAGUUCUCAUCCUUCACUUGAAGCGAUUCCAGUAUGACAAUGCAGGAGGAACUCAAAAGAUAUGGAAGAAGGUUGGGUACCCGUUGGAGUUGGAAAUUCCCAAGGAGGUGUUCUCCCGUCAGAAACGUGCAGCGUACGCUCACAGCGGUCUCCCCAAGUACCGCUUGAUCGCUGCGGUCUACCAUCACGGUAAGAACGCUACUGGUGGUCACUACACCGUAGAUGUGAGGAGACAGGAUGGUCGUGAGUGGGUUAGACUCGACGAUACAGUCAUCCGACGAGUGAGAAGCGAGGAGGUUGCGGCGGGUGGCAGUGAGGAGGAUCCCAAGGUUCUUGCAGCUGCCUUGGAUGGGCACAAGAAAGACGGCAACGGGUUCGCUGCGAUAGAUGGCGCAGAGGACGAGGCCAACCAGGAUGGGUGGAAGCAGGCUAGCGGUACCGGAAAGAAGUGGUCAGCGGUGGCGAACGGUGCUUCUGCUCCCAAGGCCAAGAGCGAGAAGUUUUCUGUGAAGGACAAUAAGGUUGCGUACCUGCUCUUCUAUCAGAAGAUCUGA